AUGUCGACGCCGGCGCCGAGCGACGGCGCGACCGCCGUCGCGCCGCGGGCGGCGCCCGCGAGCGCGAGCGAGGUCGUCGUGCACCCGCUCGUGCUGCUCAGCGUCGUCGAUCACUUUCGACGAUGCGACGAGAACAAGCGCGUCGUCGGCGUGCUGCUCGGGGAACAGCGCAAGGGACGGUUGGACGUCACGAGCUCGUUCGCGGUGCCGUUCGAGGAGGACGACGGGGAUAACGGGAUUUGGUUUCUCGAUCACAGUUACUUGGAAAACAUGUAUCGAAUGUCGAAGAAGAUUAGCGCGAAGGAGAAGAUUGUGGGGUGGUACAGCACCGGACCGAAACUGCGGGAGAGUGAUAUCGACAUACACGAGUUGUUUUACGCGUACACGCCCGAGCCGGUGCUCGUGAUCGUGGACGUGCGGGCGGAGAACGCGAACAUUCCGACGAGCGCGUUCGCGGCGCAAAUCGAAGUCAAGGAGGAUGGAACGGAAAAGCAACAGAAGACGUUCGUGCACGUGCCGAACUCGAUUGAGGCGUUCGAGGCGGAAGAGAUCGGGGUCGAGCACUUGCUGCGCGAUGUGAAGGAUAACACGGUGUCGACGCUGAGCACCAAGGUGAGCGAAAAAGUGCAGUCUUUGCGCGGUUUGAAGGCGCGAUUAGAAGAAAUCAAGAGUUACAUGGAUAAGGUUGUCGACGGCUCGUUGCCGAUGAAUCACGAGAUCAUGGGUCAUCUGCAAGACGCGUUUAACCUGUUGCCGAACCUGAACUUGGAGGAUUACGUCAAGGGAUUCAACGUCUCCACGAACGACGCCAUGCUCGUCGUGUACCUCAGCUCGUUGAUUCGUUCAGUCAUCGCUCUGCACGACUUGAUCAACAACAAGGCGACGAACAAGGAACGCGAGCGCGCCCUGGAUGCCCCGGGAGCGAGUGACGCGGAGAAGGAUACGGACAAGGAGAACGAAAAACCGAAGGAUUCGGGAAAGGCCGACGCCGCAAAGUGA